AUGAGCGAGCAUGCGACCACAUCUGCUGCGGGGCAAAUACCCGUAGAGCCCAAAGGCUCCUAUCCCACCAGAUAUCUCGAGCUCGUGUUCAAGGGCAGGCGUCGGACCGAAGAGCUGCUCAAGCCUGAACUCGAGAACGGUAACCUCACCCCGCACGACUAUGAGCAGAGCACAAGAUUUCUGGGUGCCCCCACCCAGACAGGCUUUGGCCUCUCCGGGACGCUCCUACCCUAUGUCGUUGGUCCGUUCGCCGCUCGUUUACCCGCUUUCCGCAACCUGCGACUUGUGCCCGUGAAAGUCAGCACCGUCGCGUUCUUCACCGGCAUUUUGGGCUACGGUGUUGGCGAAGCCUACCGCAUUAGGUCUCACAUCCGAUUCGCCAAGUCACUUGAGAACCCUGCAGGCUUUGAACGUGCGGUAGAGAACGUAUUCCAUAGGAUCGAUGGAAUGCCGCAGGUCAAAGUCAGACUUCCUGUUGAACACAGGAACCGCAGUGAUUGGGGUGUUGGGGCAAAGGAGGACGAUCCCGUUGGACUCGGCAUGGAGCCCGGCAAGGAGGUCGAGGAGGGCUUCAUGGUUGAGCGUAUGGAGGACGCUGACCAGCCAUCUACUGGAACACAAUAUCCGGCAACACUGCCCUCGAUAUCUACGGAUGCCCAGCCACGGCAGAGCUCACAAGCAGAGUCGGACUCCUCACGAUCGACUUCGAAAUGGGAUCAAAUACGAGCCGCGAACGCUGGUCAGGGAUCCCAAUCAGCUUGGGAAGCCCUUCGACGCCGCUCCCUUCCUCCGUCAAACCCCAGUUCAUCUCAAGGAACCCCUGGGACCAGGAUACCAUCAGGGAGCAAUGUCCAGGUGCUUGUGAUCGAUGAAGACCAGGACCCAGAGAGGGUUGUUGAGCAGAAGAGGUUUGAUGAAAUGUUGGAGGCGGAGAGGAGAAGGGCUGCAGGGCAGGAGCCGCCGAAGGGGAGGUGGACAUGACGAGCCAGUUGGAGUGUCCUAGGUGUAAUAUUACCAGCCAUGACCAUGUCCAGGAGGUUGAUAUACGAUAGAGUAUUCCAAGUUCCUGAACAUGGUUCUGACGCUGGGUCAGGAAGUGUUGCAUUAUCUGCGACAGCUGCAAGCCUCUGUCCAGCGACUCGGAAUUGGCUUGUGCCGCCCCGACA